AUGAGUGCGUCCGAAUAUAGAAACCAAAUUGACACCUCUGCUUACUACGGAGCAGAGGUUCUUAAUAGAGUACUGUUUCUUAGAGAAGAUGUUGAAUUCAUUUCUAAGCUGAUAGUCCAUUCAUCCACCAGGUUUAUAUUCUAUAACCAGGGCCAUCCGCUAUUCAAUAAAGGUGCGAUAAAGGGUCUGAAAUUGGUUGUGUUAACCAACGGGGAUAGCCAGCAGCAGCAGCAUAAAGGUCUUUGGUCGUCUCAAAUCUGGAGAUCAACUCUUGACACUUGGAUCUCAGAUAACCGUACCAAGGAUCCAGGUUUAAGAGAUAACAAUAAACCCGUGUUCUUGUUCUUGGGGUUGAAGGAUGAAAGCGUUGGAUUGGAUUUGAAUAAGGUCAAGAUCUCCGAAGAUGAAGAGAGAUACUUUGAUCACCAAGGUAGAUACCAAGGGAUUCCUUAUUAUGGUGUUGAUGUUAGUAAGCUGGAACAAUUGAGACAACUAAUUGUAAAUCAUAUAUUGGAAUCAGAUAAGCAAGUCAACGAGAAGUCACUUUUCUUCACCACUUCCAGAAAACAUGUUUUAGGCAUGUUGACUCCAGAAGAAGCAGCAUUGUUUUCUCACGGUAAGAUGUUUAUUGAUUGGCUUGAUCGGAAUAGAUUUUGUCCCGGGUGUGGCUCCAAGACCAUUCCUAUCCAUGGAGGUGGGAAAAUUUAUUGUACUAAUGAGGAGACCAAACAAGUUGAAGAUGAUAAAGGUGAGACCAUUGAUAAGUUUGUGUGUCCUGUUAAAAGUGUUAGUGUGUCCAACGUUUCAUUUCCUAGAACAGACGCCGUGGUGAUCAUAGCCAUUGUGAAUAAAGAGCGUACCAAGAUGCUUCUACUGUUGCAUAAACGUUACAAUUUCGCUAAAAUGUAUACUUGUACUGCUGGAUUUAUGGAACCCAGUGAAACGGUUGAAACUGCAGCAAAGAGAGAAAUUUGGGAAGAAACAGGUGUUGUUUGUAGUGAGAUUCAAAUGGUUAAGACCCAGCCUUGGCCAUUCCCUGCUAACUUGAUGAUUGGAUGCGUGGCAACAGUAGAAUUCAAUGGUAUCAAUGAACAGAUUCAUUUAGGUCAUGAUAACGAACUUGAUGAUGCCAGAUGGUUUGAUAUUGAUUAUGUUAAGAAAUUGCUUGAGGUUGCGGGAUCAAGGGAUGAUGAAGAAUUAGACAUGCUGUUUAAUCCAGAAGGAUUGGCAUUACCUGCUCCAGAAAGUUUAGCUUAUCAGAUUAUCAAAAUUGCUGUUAAUGAAUCCAAAGAUAGUAAGUUAUAG